AUGCUUCAGUCACACCCGGUUAGUCACACCCCCACUGCUACAGUCACCCAUCAGCGUGCCACACUACAUACAGUCACAUCUCGGUUCCACCCUGACUGCAUCUCCUUUGCUGCUCCCCCACUCUUUGCCCCCCCACUCUCUGCUCCCCCGCUCUUUGCCCCCCCACUCUCUGCUCCCCCGCUCUUUGCCCCCCCACUCUCUGCUCCCCCGCUCUUUGCCCCCCCACUCUCUGCUCCCCCGCUCUUUGCCCCCCCACUCUCUGCUCCCCCGCUCUUUGCCCCCCCACUCUCUGCUCCCCCGCUCUUUGCCCCCCCACUCUCUGCUCCCCCGCUCUUUGCCCCCCACUCUCUGCUCCCCCGCUCUUUGCCCCCCCACUCUCUGCUCCCCCGCUCUUUGCCCCCCCCACUCUCUGCUCCCCCGCUCUUUGCCCCCCACUCUCUGCUCCCCCGCUCUUUGCCCCCCCACUCUCUGCUCCCCCGCUCUUUGCCCCCCCACUCUCUGCUCUCCCGCUCUUUGCCCCCCCACUCUCUGCUCCCCCGCUCACUCUUAAUUGUUCACAUUCACUUGCUUCUGAUCGCCCCCCCCUCACCCCAUCCCUCCCUCCCUCCCCUCCACUGCCGCCCACCCGUUGGGCCCUCCGCGCCUCACGGCUGA